UCACGCACAUACAGUUUGACAUUCGGUCCAUAUAGAGUGCAUGCGGUCGUUUACUUCUGUCAUAUCCAUAACGUCUGCCCACGAUUAACACUUGACCUGGUAAAUUAGCACCAGCCUGGUGUUGGUGCCGCUCAAUUUGAAUACAAUGUUGUUUGUAUCCAAGUUAUGUACAGAAAUUUGUUCACCAUUACCUUAGAUAUAUUACAACAUUUGAGCCAUAAAAAAAUGAAAAAGUAGAUAGGCACAAAACAUGGGAUCAUAAAAAUGUUCUGUUAAAAGCUUUUGUAAUAGCAGGUGCAAGUUGUCAAAGUUUAGUGUUUUUUCUGAUAGAAAAAGAAUUUUCUAAGUAAGGAGCCCACUAUUGUUGUCUAUAAUACGAGUAGAUUUCAUUCAAAAUCCCCCAUAACAGCAAAUUUUUUUAACUUAUUUCCAACAUAAGUUAAAGACGUAAACUUGAUAGCGUUUCAAGAUACGUUUGCAGAACAAGGUAUCGUAUUGGGGUUUUUAUGACUUGGGUGGAUUUGUCACAUACCACAAUGCUUCUAGUAUAUCUGAAUAAACCGUAAAUUGCCGCACACGUAUGUAGCGUAUUGUUUUUUUUGUUGCCUUUGUUUUUGUAGUGUACUUCAUUCUAUCUACACUGAGAACCAAAUUUGCCUGACGGCUUUAGUUCAAUGUGUACGAGGGCAAAGUGUGUUUAGACAUACAGGGUGUAAACGUUAUGAUAGUCAUUAUUUAAAUGGGUGAUAGAGGGGGUUAAAAGAAGCAAAAAGUUUCAUAUAACAUGGGGGUCAAAACGGCAUAUUUUUAGAGAAAAGCGAAUUUAAAGUAAAAUAAAAUCUGACAACGCCGCAAUGCCAGACGAAAAUUUUGACGGAACGCAGUGUAAAUAAAGAUGGAGUUUGUUAUUUUUGGCUCUUAUGUAUUAUUUUAUUAUUUGAUAAUGUACUCGUAAAAUGCAAACGAUUUAAAAAAAACAGACUUACCACUAACUGUCUCAGCGCUUCACCUGGUGUGUGAAAGUUUAUUGAGCGUAAUAAAAAAAUCCACUUAUAAGUAGGGAACACAAUUUUGAUACACACAU